CCCCCCUCCGACGCCCCUGAUUGGCUGCUGAAUCUCCAUGACGACGCCGAGGGGGCGGAGCCUAUGGAGGACGACAGCGAGGAGUGGGCGGAGCCUCAGGAGCGGCGCUGGGGGCGCUGGGGGAGCUGGCGGAGAACUGCUUUACUGGUUUCCCUUCCAGCGCCCUCCCCCGUCCACCAGGGGGCGCUGCAGGCCCUCCUGAGCGGGCUCCGGGCCGACCCGGAAGUGGGCGGGGCCCUGGGGGCGGUGGGCGGGGUCGGGCGGAUCCUGCAGCCCCCGGGCCACGCCCACAAGGAGUGGCUGGAGCCCAUUGGACGAGCCCUGUGUGACGUCAUCACCGGGGAGAUCGCCUGCCUGAGGUCGCGGGGGGACGGCGACGAGGACGAGACCUCCCAGCGCGCCGAGCUCCGCGAGACCGCCUCCGAUUGGCUGCCGGAGCUGGGCGUGGCCAUGGCCCGGGAGGGCGUGGCCGGCACCGGGGGGGGCGUGGCCUUCCCACCCCGCCUCUUCCGCCGCCUCCUCCCCUCCCUAUUGGCCGCCCUGGCCGACCCCGCCCACCCGGGGGCGCGCUCGUGGGCGGCGGCCGUGAUUGGCCAGCUGGGCCACGCCCUGGGCGCGGAGGCCACGCCCUUCCUGCCGGAUCUGGGGCCCGCCUUCCGAUUGGCCGCCGGCGACCCCGACGACGAGGUCAGGGCCAACGCCUUCUACGCCAUUGGCCGGAUCGGGGAGGCCGUGGGACACGCCCACCGGGAGUAUCCGCCAAUCGCAGGGGAGGGGAGGGGCUUGGGGGGGGAUAAGCCACGCCCACCGCCCUUAAACCCCGCCCACCGACCUCAAACCCCCUCCAGCUCCCCAAGCCCCGCCCCUUUUUUGGGGCCCGCCUUCCGAUUGGCCGCCGGCGACCCCGACGACGAGGUCAGGGCCAACGCCUUCUACGCCAUUGGCCGGAUCGGGGAGGCCGUGGGACACGCCCACCGGGAGUAUCCGCCAAUCGCAGGGGAGGGGAGGGGCUUGGGGGGGCUAAGCCACGCCCACCGCCCUUAA